AUGAAAAGCUGUGUUCAUCCGUUGAUGGGCCAGCUGCAGCCAAUCUUUAGCGAGCUUCACACGAGCAAGGCUGCCACAGUUCCGUCUGUGAUUUUGAAACUGGAGUACAUAAUCGAGGAUGAGAGUGACACUUUCUUCCAGAGCAGCGGGGGCGGUCACUCUCGAGCCUCCUAUUCAGGACUCUCAACUUGGAUCAAUGCCCAAAUCGGAGAUUUGUUCAGCAAGCCUGAGGCGCAGCUUGCUGGGAUCUUGUGCGUCAAGGCGUUGUUGGAUGUGGAGUACAUGGACACUAAUGGAUCGACACAAUUCUUUUUGCAUCUGCUGGAAGGGUCGGUGACGUCGUUGUGUGAUGUCGAAGUCUCGGCAAAGGCGGCUGAGGUCUGGGGUCUGUUGCUGAACAACAGCGGCAGUUUUGCUGAGGGAAUCGCCUUGUCUCGGCUUCGUACCUGCAUCAAUGAGCUUCACAAGGUGGAGGAGACACAGAGAAACGUUGCUACAUGUCUUUUUCUUCGUCAGCUUCUAAAAUACACACCCUCAUCCGUUGUGCCUUCUCUUGAUGUUGUUGUUGAGGGGCUUCGAGUGACAUUGCGUGCUUCAUCUGUAGUUGUGAGAGAAAAUGCCGCAGCUGUAUUGCAGGAUGCAUUGUCCGUAAUGUUUACUUCUAUGGAUCCUAACGCCGUGAGGAAAUGGCUGGAUACUCUGCUGGCUGAUUCACUUCGAGGCCUGGAGGUAAAGGUGAAGGGGCGGCAGCAUGGUGCAAUCCAGUGCUUCAAUGCUGUGCUUUCCUCCAUUACAAGAGAUGCAGCUUCUUAUGGCCCAGUAGUAUCAUUCUCUCCUUCAGCGGUAUCAUGCGUACAUGAAAUAUGGAAAUUUGUCAAUGCUAACAUUGCCAAACCAACCACCGCGCCAGAAGUAAGACGAGAGCUUCUCCGCUCGUUGACUCUACUCGCUUCAUACGAUGCGGCAACAUUCAAGGAACGUUCAAUUUCGGAUUUUUUUGCAGCUGCAUCAGCGGUUUUUCGUGCUCCGGACCGAGGUGAAACACCGAUUAUGUUUCUGACAGUUGGAAAGCUUGCGACCAUCUUGCAAGAUUACGUUGCAGUUUUUCUGGACCGUAUGAUGUCACAUAUUGAGGAGGCACUUAUUCGAAAGACCAAGGGGGAUCGUUGCCUAGAGGCUGUCACGUGCUUCGCGACAUUUGCGGAGGUGAAUCCUAAAGCUGUGAGACCGUAUCUUAGACAAAUUUUGGCGCCACUCUUUUCUGGACCGCCGACUGUGGGUUUCACUAAGGACAUUGCGCGAAUAUGUGCAGCCUUCCCUGAGUUACGUUACACUUGCCUCUCUAAAAUACUGGAGUCGACUAAGGUGCAGUUGCUUAAUGCUCAUCACCGUCUAUCUGCUGGCGCUGGUGAGUGGGGCACCGAGGAUGGCCUCCCACUGAAGAGUCUAAGUGCGCUGAGUAGUUUGGACUUCUCCGGAUACUCCACCCUGCCCUUUCUCUGCGAUGCUGUCAUCCGCUAUGUGUCGUUCCCCCGCGAGGAGCUGCGCCGUGCUGCGAUAAACCUUUGUUUUAAACUUGUAUUAUCAGGGUGUAUGGGUCCCCAGUCGCCAUGCAAGCAGACACCGGAGGGUGUUGUCGUUCACCAUGGCCGCGACCACACAAGAUUGAUCAAUACUGUGAUAAAGAAACUUGUUAACGCUGCUGUUUCGGAUCCAGAAAGUGAUAUACGUCUACACACACUGGAGAGCUUUACCGAAGAGUAUGAUCACACGCUUGCCCUCCAGGACGUCGCCAGAUCCUUGUUUCCAGCCUUACAUGACAAGCAUCAGAAUAGACUGGCUGUAGUUCGGCUAUUGGGACGGGUUUCUCGCAGGAAUCCAGCGCAUAUUUAUCCUAUGCUGCGUAAAAUAAUGGUCCAAUGUGUGACGGAAAUGCAUUUCUUUGAGCAUGCAAAGAAGCAGGAGCAGGCCUUUUCUGUCUUGGGAGCUAUUGUGGAGUCUGCACCUGGAUUGGGUAAACCGUACAUAUCAUCAUUACUGGGUAGCUGUGUCACGCGCCUACGCGAGCCGUCACACCCACCUGCUGUGCUGACUGCUCUUCUAUCAUGUGCUGGGAAGCUUGUGCGCUAUGCCGAGGGAGAUGAUAUUCGUCUUGCCGCCAGUAUACGUCCUAUUGUAGUACAACAUGCAUUAGAUUCGUCACAUUUGCCAAAAAAGAGGGAAGCUCUUCGAGCUCUUGGAGAUAUUGUUCGCACAACAAGGGAUGUUAAUGUUUUUGAAAGUCAUCCAGAGCUUCUUUCAGUGCUUCUUCAGGCUUUGCACGGUGGGUUCAAAGAGUCUUGGCCUGUAAGAAAUGAUGUGCUGCAGCUCAUGGGUAUCAUUGGCGCUCUGGAUCCUAUUCGGGUAAAGGAGAUUCUUCACGCGUCACGCGUGGGCGACAGUUGUACCGAGAUGAUGCCCUCUCCUGGGCUUAGAGGCGAGGAUUCCAUUGCUCAGACAGUUGUUCGAAGUGUCUUGCACAUUCUUUCUUUGCCUUCACUGACAGAUGAUCAAAGUGUGGGUGCGGUACAGGUUCUAGUAAAUAUCCUUUCAUUAAAGGAUGUGUCGCCCAAAUGUCUUGUCUCGUUUUACCCUGGCAGCAUCUCGUCUAUUCUCAAGCAUGCACGAACACAGACACGCAAACGCGAGGAAAUUCUAACGCUUCUGACUUUGCUCGUUUCACAUGUCAAGGAUCACAUUCGUCCACACCUUGACGAAAUCGCGUCGACUGUAGCAUCUUUUAUAUCGGCAUCCGACCUUCCCGUUCUCAACCAGAUCCUCGCCCUGUUAAAGCAACUCCGUCGAUCCCUCCGUGAGGAAUUCCGACCUUACUUGUCAUCUCUGCUCAUUCCAAUUGUGAAUGUUGUUGAAGAAAGUCCACAAACAACGAGCGAAAAGGUCUUUGGCUUUUUUGCGGCGAUGGGUCCUCUACUAGAAGACCAUCUUCACAAUGUCUUACCAGUUGUGUGUAAUGUCAUUGUGAACACGAAUUUUUCGGGCACAUGUCGGACUGCCGCAGUAGGCACACUCGUUAGCUUCGCGUAUCAGCUUUCCAAUCUCAAUUUUCAUGCAUCUCGCUGCAUCCACUGUCUCUGUCGGGUCUUAAAAGAACUUGAGCGUACGAGAGCAAAGGCUGGGAGCUCUUUGGGUGAUGCUACCCUGACGGCUUUGCACGCCAUUGCGAUGAACCUUGGGAAGAAUUUUGAGAGCUUCAUGCCGAUAGUGUUUCCUGUGGUUGCUGGCUACUGUGGUGAGAUGGAUGAGAGCUACAAACAUUUCUGUGGUAUAGUUCGGGAGGCUGUCCGAUCAAGGAAGUAUCCAGAGGUUCCUCGAUACCAGGACGACAAGAGUGGCAGCGCCCCAGCAGAUUCUAUGUCGAGGAAUGAAGAAGCUAACUCGAAACAUCCUUCUGAUUCCUUUGCCUCCUUGCGGCUGGCGUUGCGAAAUCGAGAUCGAUCAACUGAUGAAGAUUGGAAUCACUGGCUUCCACAAGUUGCGGUAAAUCUCUUGCGUUCCAGUCCAUCACCUUCACACCGCCAUGCCCUUACCUUGGCUGAGUUGUACGAUCCCUUUGCACGUCAGAUGCUGCAUUCCGCAUUUGCCACUUGCUAUGCCGAGAUGAACGAAAUGAGCAGGCGUGAGGUGGUUGGUUUAUUAAGUGAAGUACUACGUGGACCGCGAGUACCAUCAGAAGUUUUGCAGGAAUUACUCAACCUCUCCGAAUACAUUGAGCGACUCGAGAUUCGUCUCAAUGAGCGCGGCAAAGAAGGCGAUGGUAGCUCUUCUAAUCUGGGACUGUUUGAUCUUCCGACUUUGAUGGAAAGCAGUGAAAAGUGUAACUUGUAUUCCAAAGCUCUACACUAUGUUGAAAUCGAGUUUUUCGAGACAAUUCGCGAGUACGAACGAAGUGUUCUCCGAGGGAUCCCGCGGCCACUCCCUGUUGAGGCGUGGCGGAAUCUCUUACAACUAUGUGAGAAGAGCAUUUACAUAUGCAAUCUUCUGGGUCAACGUGAGAGCGCAGAUGGUGUUUUGAAAUUCAUCCAACAAAAUUUUUCGAUGCUUACAGGGCAAAAGGUUACUGAGCUUUCUCAAAUGAUGGACGCGCGGCUUUUCGACAAGUUGCAGUGGUGGUCACAGAGCUAUAAGGCCUACGAGCGGCGUUUACGACAUGAACCUAACAAGGUUUCCAACAUGGUUGGCUUGAUGAAAGCUCUUGAUGCUCUUGGAAGUUAUCCACGGGUUCUUGACAUGUGGAAACUCUUUACAGGACGUAUAAGUGCGAAGGAAGCUGUGGAACUGGCUCCAAUGGGCGCCCAUGCCGCGUGGCUUAUGAGGCGUUGGGAUGAUAUGGAACACAUCACUAGUUUUAUGAAUGACGAAGGCUAUAUAGGCACGACUGCCGUUUUCUACAAAGCUGUGCUUGCUGCGGGAAAGAGACAGUUCCGUGAGGCGGAUAGACUCAUCAAGUUGUGCCGCAAACGCUUAGAUUCUACCUUGUCUGCUCUGGUGGCUGAGAGUUAUGAUAGAGCAUAUGGGCUCUUUGUUGGUAUUCAGCAACUUAGCGAAUUGGAGGAGCUUGCGGCUGCAGCACGUGAUCCACAAAACACGGUGCGGUGGCAAGAACUCUGGGAGAGACGACUUGUGGCGAUGGCCUACGAAGGCUGGCCCGGUACAUUAGCCAAUCACACCCUGCUGAUACCACCUUCCCAAGAGUUAGAAAUGUGGCUUCGUUUCGUGGGCCUUAGCCGUGCAAAUGGCCGAGAGCGCGUCUCAUACGAAAUAUUGUGUGAGUUGUUGGGAGACGAGUCUAUUGAGUCUGCUAUCGCCAAUCAGAUCCCCAAGCCGGCAAUAGCCUUGGGAGCUUUUCAGCAUCUCUACGAGACAAACCAAAAAGAAUCUGCAAUUGAAAAAUUAGAGCAGUACGUGGACAAAGUCGAACAUAUGGGUAUUCAACAAGCUAGUCGUGGUAGAGAAGAUUUGGCUGUAUGCCACGCCAAAUUAGCGGAGUGGCUGGCUCACCGAAAAAAAGCACAUUAUUCGAUAAAAACACAUCAAAACAUUUUGCUUCACUUGCACCGUGCAACAGAGCUGGAUAGCAAAAACGGUUCAAUCUGGCAUGCCUGGGCUCGCCUUCACCAUGAGACAGCCAUUAAAGACGCUUCUAUGCAUGCUGCAAAUAACAGUGAAGAACAUAUUGUAUGCGCCAUUGAUGGGUAUCUCCGUAGCGUCUAUUUCUCACAGGAGCUGGAGGACGCUCUUGGUUUUUUGUCACUGUGGUUUAUGUAUGCUUCACUGCCAGCGGUGCAGGGUAACUCAAACGUAAAAACUGCAAUUAAUCAGGUCAGCCCGACAGUGUGGCUAAAGGUGAUUCCACAAAUUAUUGCCCGCAUUUACUCACGCGAUGCAGUCAUUGCGGACUCUGCUUAUCAUUUGCUGGUAAUUGUCGCAAAGGCACAUCCUCAGGCCAUUCUAUACAGCUUGAACGUUGCAAACACGAGUUAUCAGGGAAAAGGGUUAACUGAGAAUAUAGAACGCCAAAGGGGAACCCAGCGUGUGCUGGCACGUAUUGCAGAGGUUCAUCACAACGGAAAGGCGAUGGUUAACGAUGCUGCUCUCGCAUGUCGCGAGUUAGUGCGAUGCGCUGUAUUGUGGCCAGAGUUAUGGCUUGACGAGUUACAAAGAGCCUGGUGUCAGUGGGAGAAAGAUAAGGAUGCACAUAACGUCCUCUUGGCGUUAAAACCGCUUAUGGAGCAACUCAAGAAACCUGAGACGAUGGCGGAAUCUCAUUUUUCUACAGUAUUUAGUCCACUCCUCACAGAGGCGUGUGGUUAUGUUGAGAAGGCUGCGUUGUUAAGGCGCGAAAACUACAUGGAAGAGGCAUGGAAUCGAUUCAAGGAGGCGUUAAAGAGGAUGGAUGAGCAGAUCAGUGGAAUGUCAUCCCUAGCUUUGCAGUUGGUAAGUCCACGAUUACUACAAAACGGCAAAAACUUGGCACUGGUUGUGCCGGGUCAGUACAAGGAAAACGGCAAUUACCCUCGAAUUUCCUUUUUCCAAAGCGUUCUGAAAGUGCUGAAUUCAAAGCAACGCCCACGAUGCAUAUAUGUCAAGGGCUCAGAUGGGGAUCUGUACAGGUUUUUAUUGAAGGGUCAUGAAGAUCUUCGCUUGGAUGAGAGGGUGAUGCAGUUACUUGGUUUUGCAAACACUAUUUUGGAGAAGCAUUCAGUGACCAAGCGCCGUAGCUGUCUCAUUCAGACGUAUUCUGUAACACCACUCAGUGAUAACGCUGGUCUUGUUGGUUGGGUGGAUCACUGUGAUACACUGCAUCAAAUCAUCAAAGAGUACCGUGUCCAUUCCAAGUUUCUCCGCACCGAAUUCGACUUGAUGCGAAGGAUGUGUGAUGAUUUGUUGCACCACCUAACGGUUAUUCAACAUGUGGAGCCAUUUGAAUUUGCUCUCGAAAACACUGAGGGCGCAGAUCUUGUCCGCUCGUUAUGGAUGAAGGCCCCUAGUGCGGAGACAUGGCUUGAGAGGCGAACGACCUAUGUCAGCUCCCUUGCCACCAUGUCAAUGGUGGGCCAUAUUCUGGGGCUUGGUGACCGUCAUCCGUCAAACUUGAUGAUGCAUUCUUUUAGUGGUAGAGUAGUACACAUUGAUUUUGGAGACUGUUUUGAAGUCGCCCAGCAACGUAGUACCUACCCAGAAAAGGUGCCAUUCCGUCUCACGCGCAUGCUGGUCAAAGCUAUGGAGAUGGGCGGAAUAGAGGGUCUCUUCCGCCAUGGUUGUAUCACAGUUAUGGGUGUUUUGCGUGAAGAGGGAAGCAGCUUGCUGGCACUGCUGGAAGCAUUUGUUCACGAUCCACUUGUAUCGUGGUGGCGUGAUGAGACUGAGACUGACAAAUCCAGAAACCAGGAGCAUAGUGUGUCACAAACCGCCUCUGUGACUGACUCACUGCGAGCUGAUCACCAAGAGUACGGUGUGGGAAGUUUACACACAACCCAGCGAUCCAUGCAGAGGUGGGGAGCGAUGCCACACGCUGACACUCAAGGCAGAGAGGCAGCGUUGCAGCAGACCCGAAAGGCUCAAAGCGUUGUGAAUCGUAUCAAAGAAAAACUGGAAGGAUUUGACUUUCCUCAAGGUCGACAGAGCCGUGACGAUGAGGGUUUCACAGUGGAGGAGCAGGUCUCACGAUUAAUUGAGGAGGCUACAUCAAACGAAAAUUUGUGUGUUCAUUUCCCUGGUUGGUGCCCUUUCUGGUAA